AUGGCUGCUGGUGGCAGCACUGCGGCCAGCAGACUGGCGCCUUCCGAAUUGUUCGGCUUGGCACGCGAGAGCAAAUCCCGAUGCACGACGUCGACUUGGACUCUUGACUUGCCAGCUGUGGCUCCCUCAAAAACGGUCCGAAGAUCGAGCAGCGCCGACCUCGACGCUCUCGGCUAUCCCAUCAGUCGAACGCCGAGCGAGACGGUUGAAGCUGGUCCUCAGCGGUGCCUACCACCCAGCAACGGCUCCCGUCGGGAAAACGCCCCCGAAGCCGCAUCUCGCCCUUGGCAAGACAGGCUCGCGUUGCUGCCAUUGCGAUUGUCGAGCGAGGCAACCACCAAAGCAUCAAAUCCGCCAGCCGCGACAAGUAUCCACGACGUCUUACAACUCGACGCGAGCAGAUCCAGGAGUCCUGGCAGGACUGUCAAACGCGAAAACGAUCGGGGAAGCGUGCAACAUGCACUGCAACAUACAAACCACCGCCACCGGAGUCCCAAGCGCAACCGGAACGCGUCGCCAUGA